AUGCAUCGAUCAGCCCUACGAGAUAUUACCGAGAUCCUAACUCUUGAGCCAACCUCUCCGGAGGAAGCAACCGAAGGAGUCAGCUUGGCCUUCCCAGAAGGUGGCCGUGAGGGAUGGACAUGUCUAUUGGGAUCUUGCCUGUUGAUGUUUCCAUCUUUUGGAUUCCAGAGUGCCGUCGGCUCCGUUCAGGACUACAUUAGCAUGCAUCAGCUCGUCGAAUAUAGUAUCCGCGACGUAGGCUGGAUCUCCGCAAUCUUGGUGUUUCUGACUCAAUUCCUUGGUGUCCAGGUUGGCCCACUAUUCGACCGAUAUGGACCACGAAUUCUGUUGAUUUGCGGUUCGACAGCCAGCUUCACUUCGUAUAUUCUCCUCGCCGAAUGCACCAAGUACUGGCAUUUCAUCCUGUGCUUGUCAAUACUUGGAGGAUUCCAUCGUCGACGUGCGCUGCCCUCGGGUCUCUGUAUGGCAGGAUCCUCUGCAGGUGGUGCUGUCAUACCACUGAUUCUGCAGGUACUGUUUGAGCGAGGGGACUGGAAGCCUGCUAUUCGGACUGUCGCAUUAGUCGCGCUGGGAUGUUACACUUUAGGAGUCAUUAUGGUGCGCGGGCGACUCCCUGGCCACACCAGCAAAGCCAUGGUCGAUUUUCGAGCUUUUCGAUCCUUGCGUCUAUGCUUUCUAACUGUGGCCGUGUUUUCCUUUGAAUUCAUCAUCUUUGGUUGCGCUGCUCUGCUGCCGACAUAUGUUCGUUUUGCCGGCAUGUCGUCCACUGUGCAAUUCUAUUCACUUACGGUUUUGAACAGCAUGAGCUUUAUGGGAAGAGUUCUGCCCGGAUUCGUAGCAGAUCAGUUCGGUAGAUUCAACGUGUUGCUAUGCUUGGUCGUUGUCACCCUGGUUGUCAUGGCGGGUGUGUGGCUGCCGUGGGGAUCUCGCAAUGAUGCGACUCUCUAUGCCGUUGUGGCUAUCUUUGGCUUCAGCUCCGGUGGAUGGCUAUCGCUUGCACCGGUCUGCGCGGGUCAGCUCUGUCGUACGGAGGAUUACGGGCGAUAUUAUGGCACCAUCUACUUUGUGGCUGCGUUCGGGGUUCUGUUGACUGUUCCAGUAGGAAGUGAUUUGCUUCAAUCGACCUCGCCGCAGGUUCUUAUCGGGUUCUACUCGGCUGUGCUUUUGGUUGGAUUUAUUGCUCUGGCACUCUCAAGGUGGGCACUCUUGGACUGGCGUUGGAAAUAG